AUGACGAGCCCUCAAGAUAGUGUCCGCCAGAUAGCCACGGACGCGCCGAGCCGGGGGCUGUUUGCUUUCACGCGCCAGGCCACAUUCCUCGACGUAUUUAUAGCUUACGACCAGAGGUGCACCCACGUCGGGCCUUUGGGGCCAUUUAAAUUGCGCGACCACCGCUAUUUGAUCCGCGGCGCAGCGCGAUACGCCUUAAGCCGCACCGUAAAAAUCAAUUCGCCGGGAUCAAGUUAUACCCGCCGCUACAGCACAAUGGGCCCUAUUGAAAAUUGGUACCCGGCCAUAAACGCCGCCUACAAUGGGACGCACAGCUCUCCGGGAUUGUUCGCCUGCAUAAGGCCGGGGGCGUGGGGCACUAAACGACAAGGCUACCAGAUGGCAUUUCGAAUGGCACGGCGGCGUCGUGUUGUCGCCGGCGGGUCAGCUAUCGGCACGUUCCCAUUACCAACC